CAUCCAUGAUCUGUUGUCAAUUGUCAUCAGUGUUCAGAGUUUUGUGUAUUUUCGUAUAAAAUUCACUUCGUUUUAAUAAUCUCAAAUAAAUUUAUAAAAUGAGUUUUGAAACACCAUCAAGUAAUGGAAAUACUAAACCCGAGCGUAAAUAUUACGAUCGUACUAAAUCAGACGAUCUACAAAUAUCGCGGACUGACAUGAACAUGUUAAUAAUGAAUUAUUUGGUAACAGAGGGAUUUAAAGAAGCAGCAUUGAAAUUUCAACAAGAAGCUGGUCUCCAAGAGCCAGCGCUGUGCAGCUCGCUUGAUGAAAGGAUUAUGAUCCGAGAAGCUGUACAAAGUGGGCGCAUUCCUGAGGCUAUAUCUUUGGUUAAUGCUCUUCAUCCUGAGUUAUUGGACAAUGACAGAUACUUAUAUUUUCAUCUACAACAAUUACAACUUUUGGAGUUGAUCCGAGCUGGUCGAGCUGAAGAAGCAUUAGCAUUUGCUAGCGCCACACUGGCUGAGGCUGGUGCCAAUGAUCGUAAUGCCCUCACAGAGUUGGAAAGGUCACUCGCUCUACUUGCAUUCCCCGAUCCUCACACCUCACCAUUCGCAGACCUACUUCUUCCAUCACAUAGUCAAAAGAUUGCCAGUGAGCUGAAUGCAGCCAUUCUCAAGAUGGAAAACCAAGAGUACACGAAUCCCAAACUGUGCAGUCUGCUACGAAUGAUUCUUUGGUCACAAAGUGAACUCGACAAGCACAAUGUCAAGUAUCCCAAGAUGACCGACCUGGCAAACGCUACUAUAGAACAGCCAAAAUGAAAUAAACUUCGCAAAAAGAGCAACUUCUUUAGAUGCGAUUGAUCAAUAAGUGGACAAUUAAAAACUUUUCAAUGAAUGAAGUGUAGAAAUAACUUAUUUCUAGAAUGCAUGUUUAAUAUAUUAUAUCUCAUAUGUUAAAUAAGGAUUUCAUUUCACUGGUACAUACAUACCUUGGUAGAAUAAUUAUUUGAUCACAACAUACUGUUAGCGAUUCUUCGGAUUAAUGCACAAUGGUUUGUCAACAUCCGAGUGAGGGACAUAUUGAAUGUAGUUUUAAUUAAUAUUGAUUAAUUCCAUUUGCAUAUGGAGUGAAACCAAAAUUAUGAUUGUUUUGUAAUGUUCUAGAAAAUAUAGGCUGUAGAUGUAACAAAGUUAUUUGUUGUGGCGGACGAUAGAAUAGUCCAUGUAGCACAUAUAUUGUAAUAUAAGAUAGUAUGCAUUUUGUUUGUAUGACUAGAGUAACAUGUUAGAAGCUGUAGAUAUUUAUGACAAGAUUCUGCUAGAUUCCUGUAACACUGUUUGUAGAAAGAGUUUGCUGUCUCAUUCAUAGUUAAUAUGUAGCCGUUUAUAUAAGAAUGUAAGCUAUAAUAAUAAGACAAGGUUUAAAAUUAGAGAUUUGUAAAGAAAUCAUUCUAAUUAGUUCCAGCUUCCACGGCUUUACUUGUUGGAUACUAUUUGUUUGUAGUAUGUUCUUAUUACUUUUUUAGUUACUGAAAAUAUGAAUCAAUAUUUACUAGACGUAUUGGGGUUGUUGUCAAAAUUGUUUUAUAAAAUUUACGAUUGGUAUGUCAAAGAACUAAAUAUAAUUCAGUAAUUUGAGAUGUGGGUUUUUGCAUUUUAGCACCACUUCACUAGUCUUAUUAAAAGAAAGGUCAUAUGAAUUGAAGGUAUUUUCUGUCAUAUAAAGUUUACAAAGUAAUUUGUUUGUUAAGAGCACUAUUGUCUUUUACCCGUAUCCAAGCUUAUAGCUUACAAAUUUUAGACAUAAUUUUGUUUUGCAUCAUCUAAAACAAUUGCCCUUUUAAGUCGGUAAUGCUUAGAUUAAAAGAUUGAUAAAUUUAAUCUUUCAUAAUAAUAUUAAGUAUGGGAUUUUUAUUGACAGUGAAAUAAAUAUUGAUUUACGUGAU